CGCGCGGCGCAGCUUUUGUAGAUCUGCGGUUGCUUCAUGUUAGCUGCUUCGUCAGCUGACUCAUUCACAUGACUCCCCGUUUCGCCUCUGUCGGUCCCUAUUUUCGAUUCUGCGGAGAUAAGGAAAUAAUUUAACACCGGUUAAGAUUAAGGACCGUUUAGAGGAGAUAAAUGGCUAAAAACACCGGACUGUAAACAAGAAACUAGCUAUGCUAACGAGGAGGCAGUAAGGCACGCGGAGCCGGAGCUGUUAGCUAAAAUAAACGUCCUGAGUCUUGGUCAUCAGAACUCUUCCAACAUGAGUCCAGAGGGGAAGAAGCUUUGGAACAUCAUCGUCCUGGGCUUUGGCUUCAUGUUCAUGUUUACUGCUUUCCAAACAUGUGGAAACAUAGAGCAAACGGUUAUAAAAAGCUUCAACAGCACAGAGUUUCACGGGAGCGGAUACACAAGCAUGGCCAUCAUCUACGGGGUUUUCUCUGCCUCCAACCUGAUCGCUCCGUCGGUCGUGGCAGUCAUCGGGCCUCAGCUCUCCAUGUUCUUCAGCGGCCUUUUAUACAGCUGCUACAUUGCUGUGUUCAUUUACCUGUACACCUGGAGUUUCUACACAGCGUCUGUGCUGGUUGGAGUCGCAGCAGCAGUGCUGUGGACGGCUCAGGGAAACGUUCUCGCCAUCAACUCCUCUGACAGCACCAUCGGAAGAAAUAGUGGCAUUUUCUGGUCGCUGAUGCAGUUCAGCUUAUUCUUCGGGAAUCUGUACAUCUACUGCUCCUGGCACGGACACGUCCACAUCACGGACCUCGACCGUCAGACCGUCUUCAUCUCUCUCACCGUCAUCAGUCUGGUCGGAUGCUUCCUCUUUUUCCUGAUCCGGAAGCCCGAUCCCGAGGGUUCUUCUGCUCCUGAGGGGGCGGAGUCGCUGCUGCCCUCGGAUUCCAGUGACGGCACCACAGAGGGUCCCGCUGGUCCUUGUGCUCAGGCCGGCGAUGCUUUCAUCAAAGCCUGCAAAAUGUUUGUGACCAAAGAAAUGCUGCUGCUGAGCGUCUCCAUCGGAUACACAGGGCUGGAGCUCACCUUCUACAGCGGCGUGUACGGGACCUGCAUCGGCGCCAUGACCCGCUUUGGCACAGACGCCAAGAGCCUGAUCGGAAUUUCUGGGAUCUGCAUCGGCGUCGGCGAGAUCCUGGGAGGAGGCGUGUUCGGGCUCCUGAACAAAAGCAACCGCUUUGGGAGGAACCCUGUGGUGCUGCUGGGACUGAUCACUCACUAUGUGGCCUUCUACUUGAUUUUUCUCAAUAUUGCCAGCGAUGCUCCUCUGGCACCAGAGGGGGGGACAGACCUGGAGGCGUUCAUCACUCCCAGCGUUUGGGUGGCGUUGUUCUGCAGCUUCCUGCUCGGCCUGGGCGACAGCUGCUUCAACACACAGCUCCUGAGCAUCAUUGGCCUCUUGUUCCGCGACAACAGCGCCCCCGCCUUCGCCGUCUUCAAAUUCAUCCAGUCCAUCAUGGCGGCUGUGGCCUUCUUCUACAGCAACUACCUGCUGCUCCACUGGCAGCUGCUCAUCCUGGUCGUCAUGGGUUUCCUGGGCUCCGUUUCCUUUUUCGUGACCGAGUGGGUGGCCCAGUCCAGCCGGAGGGACUACGACCGGUACUGAGCGGCCUCUGCAGAGAACGCCGCCUGGAUCCAGAACCCACAGACUGUGGUAUGUUUGGUUUUUCCUGAGCAGCCCCGACUAUCUGACCACAACAGAGAACACUCGUGCAUGGAGGACACGCCUGCCAUCCUUCACCUCUGGCUUCUUCUGGUUUCAUUAUGUGCACACCUUUGGGUCUGAGGAGUUCGGGCGGAUGGAGAUGGCAAGCGGUGAUAUAAGCCAAUAAAACUGCUGGUGAUGAAGGAGCAUUGAGGGAUGUUACAAUGAAUCUGCUGCAGGUUUUUGGGUUUCUUCUACACAUUUAGUGACGCGCUGUUAAUGUCCUCAUUUCUAUCAAUACACAGCCUGUUAGGAGUCAGAGGAUCUUCACUGUACAUAAAAUCUACUUCCUCACAGGUCAGGAAUGGGUUUGCUUCCCUGAUUGACCAUUUCUUGAUGGCCUUUUGGAAAAUGUGUUUGGCUUUGAGGUCCAGACUGAGUCUUCAGCAUCUGGAAAACACUUUAAAAGAGAUGGAACUUGGAUCUUAAAGGGUUAUUCAUCACAGAAUCACUUGACAUAAAGGAUGUGCCGAAAACGUACCGCUCCUUUCUUUGAGGGUGCUGGUUAAACUCCGCCCCUCCUCUGACUUAAAGGGAAUCCGGUUUUGCGAGGAAAAUCUCCUGGAUGCUGUCGAGCUUUGAUUGACGUCAAAACUGAUGUUUUGACAGAAAAACUAAACAAAGCAUUUUAUUAUGAAAAGCAAAACCUGAGCCACAAGCAACUUCCUGUCACAUGUAAACCGCUUUCUGCAGCCAUGAAUGAUUUAUCAAAUGUUAUUCCUUCAACUGAAAUGAAAAAUAGAACAGCUUUGCAAUGAGUGAACACAGGAUUAAAAUAAAAUCGUAGAUGUAUACAUUUUGAAAAAAAGAGUUACGAAAAAGACAAACUUUGUCAUUUCUUACGGCAUUAACGCUGUAAUAUUUAUAUCCUUUUCUGACCUUCGGCUUAACAAUCGGAUUCAUCAUGUGGGUAUUAAGUUGAAUCUUCAUGUAAUUUGUUUACUUUUCAACUCAAAUGUAUGUUCUAUUCAUAUUUCCUUUUUUUUAUAUGGUUGAUCUCUAAUUUACAAACAAAUAUGGUUUCAUUUUCAUUUUAUUACUUUAUUUUUCCAAGUUUUUUUUUUCCUCUUACAAAAUUUUCUUUGUUGAUCUUUUUCCUUUUUUUCUGCCAAACAAUGUCUCAAACAUUUUGGAGCGACUUUUAUCCCAGAGCAAAUGUCAUUCUCCCAGUUCUAGCGGCGAGCGUGAAACGUCGCUGCACCCCAGCGUCCGUCACGCCAUCGGUCUGAUCGAUGCGCUCCAGCAGCCGAUUCUUUCUCACGGUGCUGAAUUCAGCUGUGCUGUAACCGUCACUUUAUUUGUUUCUAUAUUGUAAUUGUUAAUUUAUUACUCCACGAACAGAAUGGGUGUUUGUUUUUGUUUCAAUAUUUUCUUUUUGUUGUGGCUGCAAUGUGCAAUUAAGGGUAAUAAGGGAGGUAAAUAUGCCAUAAGGGUGAUUUUUAUACUUGAAUAUGAUUAUUUAGAAUGUGGUUAAGAAUUUUGCUCUCUUGUUUUUAUCAAUAAAACGUUCCUCUGACCUUCA